GGCGGGCGGGUUUGGAUUUUAAAUCCCCGCGGCCAAUCAGCGGCGCGUAGACCUUUGUAACGUUCCCGGCGCCGCGUUUGAAUUCGAGGAGGAGCCGAGCGGUGUCAGCCUCUGCCCAGACCCUGCUAGAUCGGCUCGGGGAGUCCGGGAGCAUGAGUGCGGCGGCGGCUGCAGGGAAGCUGGCGCGGGCACCGGCCGACCCAGGGAGAGCCGGGGGCCCCGGCGUUGCAGCUCCGGGGGCUCCAGCGGCCGCCCCGCCGGGGAAAGAGAUCCCGGAGGUCCUAGUGGACCCACGCAGCCGGCGGCGCUAUCUGCGGGGCCGCUUUCUGGGGAAGGGCGGCUUUGCCAAGUGCUUCGAGAUCUCGGACGCGGACACCAAGGAGGUGUUCGCGGGCAAGAUCGUGCCCAAGUCGCUGCUGCUCAAGCCGCACCAGAAGGAGAAGAUGUCCAUGGAGAUAUCCAUUCACCGCAGCCUCGCCCACCAGCAUGUCGUCGGCUUCCACGGCUUCUUCGAGGACAACGACUUCGUGUUCGUGGUGUUGGAGCUCUGCCGCCGGAGAUCUCUCCUGGAACUGCACAAACGGAGGAAAGCACUGACGGAGCCCGAGGCUCGCUACUAUCUGCGGCAGGUGGUCCUUGGCUGCCAGUACCUGCACCGAAACCGGGUCAUUCACCGGGACCUCAAGCUAGGCAACCUCUUCCUGAACGAGGACCUGGAGGUGAAAAUAGGGGAUUUUGGACUGGCAACCAAGGUCGAAUAUGACGGGGAAAGGAAGAAGACCCUGUGUGGAACUCCUAAUUACAUAGCUCCUGAGGUGCUGAGCAAGAAAGGGCACAGUUUCGAGGUGGAUGUGUGGUCCAUUGGGUGCAUUAUGUAUACCUUGCUAGUGGGCAAACCACCUUUUGAGACAUCUUGCCUAAAAGAGACCUACCUCCGGAUCAAGAAGAAUGAGUACAGUAUUCCCAAGCACAUCAACCCCGUGGCCGCCUCCCUCAUUCAGAAGAUGCUUCAGAGCGACCCCACCGCCCGCCCCACCAUCCACGAGCUGCUCAGCGACGAGUUCUUUACCUCUGGCUACAUCCCCGCCCGACUGCCCAUCACCUGCCUCACCGUCCCGCCCAGGUUCUCCAUUGCUCCCAGCAGCUUGGACCCCAGCGGCCGGAAGCCUCUCUCAGUCCUCAACAAAGGUACGGAGAACCCCAUGCCUGAGCGGCCCCGAGAGAAAGAGGAGCCCGCGGUCCGGGAGACCAAUGAGGCUGUCGACUGCCACCUUGGGGAUAUGCUGCAGCAGCUGCACAGCGUCAACGCCUCCAAGCCCUCGGAGCGGGGGCUGGUCAGGCAAGAGGAGGCCGAGGACCCCGCCUGCAUCCCCAUCUUCUGGGUCAGCAAGUGGGUGGACUACUCGGACAAGUACGGCCUUGGAUACCAACUGUGUGACAACAGCGUGGGGGUGCUCUUCAAUGACUCGACUCGCCUCAUCCUCUACAACGACGGAGACAGCCUGCAGUACAUAGAGCGCGACGGCACAGAGUCCUACCUCACCGUGAAUUCCCACCCCAGCUCCUUGGUCAAGAAGAUCACCCUCCUUAAGUAUUUCCGGAACUACAUGAGCGAGCACUUGCUGAAGGCAGGGGCCAAUAUCACACCACGGGAAGGUGACGAGCUGGCCCGGCUGCCCUACCUGCGCACCUGGUUUCGCACCCGCAGUGCCAUCAUCCUGCACCUCAGCAAUGGCUGUGUGCAGAUCAACUUCUUCCAGGACCACACCAAGCUCAUCCUGUGCCCGCUGAUGGCCGCCGUGACUUACAUCAACGAGAAGCGGGACUUCCGCACGUACCGCCUGAGCCUCCUGGAGGAGUUUGGCUGCUCCAAGGAGCUGGCCAGCCGGCUCCGAUACGCCCGCACCAUGGUGGACAAGCUGCUGAGCUCACGCUCAGCCACCAACCGCCUCAAGGCCUCCUCGUAGGCCCGCCCCCUUGGGACUGGUGCCCCCGUGACCCCCACCAGCACCUUGGCCCGUUCUGGUCAGCUCCCCUGGCCCUGGUUUUUAUAGUGUGCCCCAGCCCUGGGCGUGGAGAGCCAUUACAGAUGGGGCUGCUGUGUAAGUUAUUUUUGUACAUGUUUGCGUGUGGGUUCUGUGGCCCCUCCCUUCCCUCUCACCCGCACUGUAUGUACAGAAUGUUGCUGUUGGAUCCAGGACUGUCCUUUCCCCGCCUUUAUACACAUUAAACACAUGAGAACCUU